AUGUCGGCCGCCGAAGGGACGAACUGCAUCAGGGCCGCAGAGCUGCCCGCGUCACAGGAUGUCGAGAAGGGAUGUCCAGGGACACCCUCUCCCACAUCUCCAACGUCAGCCUCCUCGGAGAAGUUCAUGCUGCAGGGCGCUCAUGCCAUUCCGCCAGAGUGGAGCGAGCGGCGUCUCUACCGUGUGGAGUUCGCAGCACUUCGCUUCAUUCAGAGGAGUAUGCCAAAAAUUUUAAUGUUGCCUGUGGCCAUGGCCAUACACUACACCGCAUCAGAGGCCGUUCUGGUGCCGAUUGUGGGAGUUCUAGCGUGGACGGUCUCCCUUCCGGCCACGGCCUCCGUUGCUAGCUUCGCGUGCUUUUCAGUCUCGCUGAAUAUGGGCCUGAAGUGGAUGUGCCAACGGCCACGUCCGAUCUGGCUUGAUGAUGGAAACGCGUCGGAUGUGUGGAACAUUGGAUCAGUUUGGGAGGCAGACUAUGCAUUUCCAAGCGGACACACCCACAUUCUGUCCGGUAUUUUGGUUUGUAUCUUCUUUGCCUACGAGCUUCCACCGAUGUGGCUCUACGUGAUGUAUCUGCUUGGUGCGCUAGCUGGGUUCUCCAGGAACUAUUUGGGCGUGCAUUGGUGUAGUGACACGGCAUCCGGCUUCCUGCUGGGCUGUGCGAGUGGCACCUUCUGGGGGCUGCUGGAUGUGUAUGGCUGGCUUCUGCGUCGCGGCGACCUCCUGCUGUCCACAAGCGUCGGUUUGGGGGCAGCUUUGGCAUUGACGCUUUUCACAGUGGUGGGGCGAGCUGCUACCACGCCUGUGCAUUCCGAGCUGCGGGCAGAGUGGCUGGAAACAGCAGUCCAGGGCCUCAAAGCCGGCCACUCCAAGCGAGCAAAGAUCCUUCCCCAAGAUGAGGCCGUUGAUCCGACGCCCUCGACUUGCAGAGCGCCACUGCACUGCUGGAGUUGCUCUCGGCGUUCGCGGACGCGCAAGCUGCGACCACGGCGGCUAGUCUAUACGGCAGGACCAGCACUUGGAGGGGGUCUGUGUCUUGCCAUGUCUGGACUCUACUCCCAUGUGCUUCCUGCUGCCGAGCUGGAGGCAUGCUGGACGUUCCGCCCGCCAGCUUGGAUGAUGCUUCUGCGCAUAGUUGUCGGCCUGGGAGGUGCUGCGCUUUUGGCUUUGAUGCUGCUGCUUCACCGAGCGUGCCUUCGCAUGGCGGGAUGUUUGGAAGACAAGCAUCGAGCCAAAUGCCAGGUCAUGUUGCUUUUUCCACUUUCGAUCUUCGCGCUGUGGACCUUUGCCGGCGCGCCGAUCUUGUUCAAGGAAUUGGGCUUGGGGUGCCAUCAGUGA